GAUGCACACGGCUGGACCCACCCAGCAGCACCACCACCACGCCCACCCUGCACUCUCGCAGCCCAGGUGGGAGAGUGCACUUCGGCCUCGGGAUGCAGCGUCUCGCCCUCGGCGCACCGCCAGUGGAGUGUGGAGUACUUUAAAAACACGGCACCCGGACUUCUAUUUAACGGAUUGUUUGGUGAUUUUUUUUUUUUUUAAAGGAGUGAAGACAAAGUUGCGUUCAAUGCGCAGCCAUGCUCAUCAUCUCGUCUCGCAGCGCGCUGCUGUCCGUCUACUACCCACAGAUCUUCCUCAUCUUGACCAGCGGUAGCUACCUGACAUUGUCUUCGGUGGUGGCUCUGGGCGCCAACAUCAUCUGCAACAAGAUACCAGGACUGGCCCCCCGUCAGCGAGCCCUUUGUCAGAGCCGCCCGGACGCCAUCAUUGUCAUUGGCGAAGGCGCCCAGCUGGGCAUCGACGAGUGCCAGUACCAGUUCCGGUACGGCCGGUGGAACUGCUCGGCCCUGGGCGAGAGGACAGUGUUCGGACAAGAGCUGAGAGUAGGUAGCCGAGAAGCCGCCUUUACGUACGCCAUCACAGCAGCCGGCGUGGCCCACGCGGUGACCACAGCCUGCAGCCAGGGCAACCUGAGCCAGUGCGGCUGCGACCGUGACAAGCAGGGCUAUCAUGACCGCGAGCAGGGCUGGAAGUGGGGGGGCUGCUCGGCCGACGUCAAGUAUGGCGUGGAGUUCUCGCGGCGCUUCGUGGACGCCCGAGAGAUUAAGAAAAACGCCCGGCGGCUGAUGAACCUGCACAACAACGAGGCAGGCCGGAAGAUCCUUGAAGAAAGGAUGAAGCUGGAGUGCAAGUGUCAUGGCGUGUCUGGUUCCUGCACUACUAAGACCUGCUGGAUCACCCUCCCAAAGUUCAGAGAGAUCGGUUACCUGCUAAAGGAGCGUUACAGCGCUGCCGUUCAAGUCGAGCCGGUCCACGCUUCCCGUCUCCGCCAACCUUCCUUUCUGCGCCUCAAAGAGGGUCGGGGCUACCAGAAGCCCCCCGACACCGAUUUGGUGUACCUGGAGCGCUCGCCCAACUACUGCGAGGAGGACAGGGCCACUGGGAGCACGGGUACGCGGGGUAGACUGUGCAACGGCACCUCGGCGCAAACGGACGGCUGCAACGUGAUGUGCUGCGGCAGGGGGUACAACUUGCACCACUACACGAGGGUCUGGCAGUGCAACUGCAAAUUCCACUGGUGCUGCUUUGUCAAAUGCAACACCUGCAGUGAGAAAUCUGAGAUUUUCACCUGCAAGUAGAGCGGGAGAAGGAGGAAAAGGAAGUAUUUAUUCAAGAUUUUGCACAUUUUGACAUCCUAUUUGAAAUUCUUUACAGAGGAUGGUUAAGGACGACUUUAGACUGGAGUUGCUGGUCUGAAGCAUCCUGCAAGAGAAAGGAUUUGUUUUUAAAAGGCAAAUGAAAAAAUGUCACAGACAGAAGGCAAAUAAUUCUGUGAUCAUGCAAAUGGUCAAAAGCUAGAAUAUGACUCGCACUGUAUUCUGUUUGAACACUGAAAUGACAACUAAAUAUUUAUGUUAGACUCAUAGUGGGUGGAAACAACAACUCACCUUUUUCUUCUUUGUUGAUGCAAAGUGGAUGAAAUAGUCAAAUCUGCCAUUUGCAGCCAUUACGUGUAGCCUGUCACAUAGUAAGCCAGGGGGCAAUAUUUGUCCUACAACUUCUUUUUGAUUGGUCCCAUGCAUAUUUUAAAAAUACAAUAAAAUCCUUAAUGAGAUCUAUAAUUCCAUAUUAUACUAAUUUGCUUUGCCACCCAUAACACAACGCUAAUAUGUUGAUGUUUUGUUCAGAUAGCUUAGCAUACACUGACCAACAUGAUAUUGGACUGGUUUUAGCAUGUAUCAAUGUGGCCCUGUGCAUCCUUCAAUUUUUGUGUAUGUGGUCCUUGUUGAAAAAGUUUGGACACCCCUGUAUUAAGCUAUUGAUUAAGCAUGAGGUAUGGCAGUUCUAUUUUUAGCCUUCAAGCUUGAGUGUGAACGGCACUUUCCAUCCCCGACUGUGUUCAUUGUUUUGUUUGCUACGACCAGGUUGGAAUACAGCGAGCAUUCCCAUGAAUGGCGCACACAAAAGCGCGGUUUAAGCCCGCCUGGGUGGAUGGCAUGUGUCUUAACCACACAGCAGCUAUUUUUGGUCCAUCACCCAUUGUCGAACUUACAGAACAAUUUGAAGAGUAUAUUUUUAUAUGAAGAACGUGGCACUUUAUGUCAUUUAUACAUGGGGGAAAGAGCGUCACCAUUGAAAAGGUGUUUACUAAAAUAGUGUUUACUAUUGUGCCUUUUGAGAGCUUUAAAUUAUUUGCGAUUUCUAUUCUUGUAAAUAGUUUUUAUUUAGGUAGCCCAGAAACCAAGCUUGCAUCACAGUGUUUCUACUAGUCAUCUCCCCAAUAUGUGUUUUAUGUUACA